AGCAAAUCCGAUGGCCAGCUGCCGCCCAGCGGAAUCGAUUGAAUCCACCGGUGAACAGCGAUGGGCUGGCUUUGAGCCGCAAAUUGUGCGACAGACGAUACACAGCGUGACACUGCAUUGGACGCCAAUCUCAGGCGCAUUGGUGUACAGCGUCGAGAGGUACAACAGGCGCCACGGCUGGCAGCAGGUGCACUGGAGUAGCAGCUCUCCCAUCGAGAUACCCAAUCUGGAGGAGAACUUUGGCCACCGACUGCGCAUAAGAGCGCUGAACCUCUCUGCGGAUGGCCGCUGCUACGCGACUCUAGCCAUCUCGCCGGAUGUAAUCGGCUGCACUGAGGCGGCGCUGCCGACCACCAACUGCCUGAACCGUGCCAUUCGAAAGGGGCAGCAGUUCCUGGUGAAGCGCAUGUUGCGCCGUCGACCGAGCCUGAUAGAGUACCCAGCCCCAAAUGGCUUUCUGCCGCUGGCCAAUGCCAUUGUGCAGGGCGAGAUGUGCAUCAUAGAUGUGCUCCUCUCGGCCGGCUGCAGCGUGCAUCUGGGCAACCCGAGAAACGGACGGACUCCGCUCCAUUUAGCAUUUUUCCACGGACACCUGCCAUCGGCGCGCAUCCUGCUGAACAAGAAGGCGCGGUUGGAGGCGACGGACUGCAACGGCAUGACGCCCACCCACUGCGCCGUUGACGCCAAUCAGAUGGAAAUGGUGAGAUUCGCCCUGGAGGCGGGCGCCGACAUUGAGGCUCGGGAUGCCUGUGGCUGGACUCUGCUAAUGCGUGGGGUGGUUAUGGACGCGGGCCUGGAGCUCAUCAAACUCCUGGUUACCCACGGCGCAGACCUGGCGGCUGUGGACGGUGUCGGCAAAUCCUGCAGCGACUUGGCGAAACUUUACCGCAGGCAGGAGGCACGGGAUUACUUUGACAAGGUGCAAAAGUUUAGGCUGGCAAAGGCAGCCGCGACCGCAGCAGCGGUGCCACUCGAACAAGCUGCAAGAAAGGAUUUCCGCGAAUAG